UCCAUGGACUAUACGUAAAGAAAAAUAUAUAUUGAUAAUUGCGAUAAUAAAUAAUAAUGAUGAACCGAUUAACGCGUAUCAACUUUAAUUGAAACUUAUUCUAAUAUUUGGAAAAAUGGGUUAUAUUAUAUUGAUACUUAACUAAUUUUAUUUAAACACUUAAUUUAUUCCGAAAAAAAAAUCACGUGUAGUGAGAAAGAUAACUAUCGUUGGUAUUUAAGACAGACCAGCCUGAGGUAUAAUAUUCAACAGGUAUAUCAUUAUUUUUAUCUUUAAAACUGGCUGCGCAUGCGCGAACUGACGUCGAUUUUAGUAGUGGUUGGUAGUAAAGCAUGUCUAGUCUUAUAUAUGAAUUCAGCUUAAGCUAAAUAACUAUAAACUGAUAUUGAGUGACUCGGUUCCAAUCGAGUAAACGUACCUAGUCAGUGUGUGUUCAAUGUUUGAACAGAGACGGAGCCAUUAAAUAGGAGGAUUUUCUUAUGGAUUUUAUUUUACAAUCUAUGUUAUAGUGUACAGUGAGAGUAAGUCAGUGUCAUUAUUGAAUGAUAACACGAGAAGGAACAUUUUAGGACAAAAUGAAGUUGUUUAGAUUACGGUUUAUUUUACUUGGAUUAUUGUUAUGUUUACACCGUGUGUGGUGUCUAACUUGUGGGACUGAGUUUGACGACACGGCGUCCAGUGCCUAUAAGGCUGAUAUUGUAAUUAUAGGUGAAUUAACGCAAGCAUUACCUCCAUCUGUUGAUAACAAUUAUAAUGCUACAGUAACAAUUAAUAAACUUCGUAAUGUAUUUAAAGGAGAGUCUUUAUUAAAAAGUCGAAGACUUUUGAACCGGCGGGGUUCGAGUCUUCUAACGAUUGGGGAGUUUGGGAAACGAAGUCCCGAAUAUUGUAUAGCUGAUGUAGAGAGAGGUGCGGAAUAUAUUUUUUUCCUUAAUAAAACUUCUGAUAUGAAAUAUUUUAAACUUUCCGCUAUGCCAGUGUCGACUAAAAAUAAAAAAUCCAUAAGACGAGCCAAAAAGGAUAUAAAGAAAAUUCUGUGCAAUAAAUCUACAUGUGUUAAAAUACCGGAAUUUGAUCCUCGAAAGAAAAUGAGGGAUCAGACAAUUGAAGCUGGGAAAAAAUUAGAAUUAAACUGUAGAUUAAAAAGAAAACCAUUACCAAAUGCAGUAUUUACAUGGUUGAAGGACGGGAAGGAUAUCAACACUUUAUCUAAGAAGAGAUUCCGAAUAAGAACCACAAAGAAAGGAUCUCGCCUGUCUGUCCGGAAAGCUUCUCCUGGAGAUUCGGGCAAUUAUGUAUGUAUAGCUAGAAAUGUUGGAGGAGAUGUACAACAAGCAGCUGUGAUAAAAGUACAAGAUGGCUCUACAACUAUGCCGGAGCCAGGUUCUCGUGGAAUGCAAGAUAAAGAACAAAAGUUUGGAGAAACUUUAAGAUUGACUUGUAAAGUUAAAUCCAAUUCAAAUCAACCCGCCAAAUUUACUUGGAAAAAAGGAGAGAAAGAAAUAAAAACUGGUGAUAUGGAGGGAUUAACUAUCCGUUAUAAAGAUGACGAAUCAAAAUUAAAAAUAACCAAAACUCUGCUGUCAGAUGAAGGUGUAUAUACAUGUAUUGUGAGGACGUCAAGCGGGACAACAAUCCAGAAAUCUAACGUUACUGUCAUUGAUGGGCCAAAAAAAGAAGUCCCGUGUGGUCCAGAACAUAAAAAUUAUUGCCUGAAUGGUGGCAAUUGCUCAAAAUACGUAUCUCUUAAUGAAACAUUUUGCACAUGUCCACGAGAGUAUAAAGGUAAACGGUGCGAAGUUUUCUCCAUAGAUGUCAAGCGAUCACUUGGAGAGGAUAAACUUGCCCAAGAUAGGACAUUUAUCGUCGUAGGAAUCAUUAGUGGCAUUUUACUCUUCAUUGGAAUCUGUGUGGCUUCAUACUUCCUCGCUAAGCGACGCCGGGACCAAUUCCAUCGCCGGCGGCGUCAGAGGGCAAAUGGCAACAUAGAAGACAACAUUCCACAGGUUUAUAGACCACUUAUUGGCUGUGAUGAUAUAGAUGGACUCACGAAGAAAAUGAACGGUGUUCUGAUACAUAAGGAGACUCAAACAACGGAGACAUGUUUCCUUACGUCUGACAAGACAAAUCUCUACAUUAAUCCUUUGGAAAGUUAUACUAGAAAUGAUGGUGGUGAUAGGAAUAAUUCCAGAUCAAGAAAAUCAGCCGUCUCUCUUGAGGAAGACCCAAGAAGAAGGAAAAGUCCAAAUACAGAUCAAAAUGAAAGAAAUGAAUCUAGAAAAAGUAACCCUUCUGACAAAAGUGAUAAAAAUGAUCUAGGUAGCAAAAGUGGCAGUAUUGGAAAGCAUCUAAAUGUAGAAGGGAUUCCUGAUAGAAUGAAUGAUCUAAGUCCAAGACAUACUCCGAUACAAAAAUCGUCGGAUAGACCUGUAGGUGCUAAUCAUAAUCCUAAUAUUCCAAGUCCGAAAUCCGCUAGGCCACCUGCAUUGAAUCUUGAUACCGAUAGUGAUGACGAACCACCAAAAGAUGGAACGCCAUUGACACCUUUACAUAUAAGUGAAGAGGAGGAUAAUUCUGAAUUGUUUAAAAAGUGCAAGCCAAAGAGAACAGAAGAAGAAAAUGCUGAACUAUUUAAAAAGUGUAAAGUAAAGGCCACAGCACUUCAAGCAUUUGGUCCCCCUAAACGAAAACAAGAAAAUCAACCGUUUGGAAUCAACAGGAAACAAGAUAACCAACCAUUUGGAUCUAACAAAAAGCAAGAUAACCAUCCAAUUGUACCUAACAAAAAGCAAGAUAACCAACCAAUUGUACCUAACAGAAAGCAAGAUAGUCAACCAUACGGUCCAAAUAAAUUGCAAGAAAAGCAAGAGAAUCAGUCGUUAGGGCCCAAUAGAAAACAAGAUAUACAAGAAAGUCAGCCAUUCGGUCCAAAUAAAAAACCAGAAAAUCAGCUUUUCGGAUAUAAUAGGAAACAAGAGAAUCACCCGUUUGGACAUAUAAGAAAACAGGAAAAUAUUCCCAAAUCUAAUUCCAAAGAAAAAGAUAUGACUUUACCGAUUCAUUCGCCUGAAAAUAAUACUGCUGUGUCAACCAAUGGUGAAGUACAAACGCCAGGUAAGCGUUCUAAAUCCAGUUCUAGUGCCAAUGAGGAAAGUGAUAGUAGUACCACAACGGAAGGUUGUGACUCCCCAGGAACAGCCUGGGCGAAUUCACAAGAGUUCUCCGAUGUGUCACCUACACCACCACCGCCAAAGACUUGGAACGAGAGAGGUUCACCUGAACCUCCGUCGAGAAUAUCGCCUGCUUAUUAUAAUAUAACACAAGAUAAAGUAAGACAAGCUCCAUUUGCAAACAAAGGCCAUAGAUAUACAUCAUCUGACCCACGAGAUGAUGACAGGAGAAACAAUAAAGUAAGAACAAACAUGAAAGAUAAGUUUUCAAUAGCUAUAUAGAAUGAAAUAAUAAAAUAACUUGAUUUGCUAUUAGAUGCAUAAGGUACGGAAUGACGGUGGUCGGAUACAUUAAUUGGAUAACUUUGAAAGAGAAACGUGCAUUCUUGUCGCAAUCGUUUUCUGUUUAAAGAAAAAUGAUAACAAUAGGUACAAAUGGUGGCUUAAUAAACGCGUUUGCGUUAAACAUUUGCAUUUCGAAACAUAAAAAAGAGAUUGUUUUCGUGAGACUGGUUGAGUUCAUCUGUUAUGCAUUGACGAUUAUACACAUACACAUUACAAGAAUAUCAGACUUAUUGGUCCUUGAAAAAAGUAUCACAUUAUUUAACAAGUUCCGUUUACGACACGGUUUUUACGAUUAGUGUCUGUUUAAUUUUAAACAUUAUAUUAGUAAUGAGAAAGAACAUUGAUACGAGGUGGUCCAGAAUUAAGUUGUUAAGAUAUCUAAAUUAUUUCAUAACAUACAAAACAGACAUUCUAACAAGAAAACAUAUCAUCACAUUGAUGUAACUGUAAUUUUUAAAAUGUUGACAGGGCCUUGGAAUAUAUUAAUUCUGAUAUUGUUGAACUGUGUAUUUUAUCCAUUUAUAUAUCAUUCCUUGUAAAUACGCAUUUUCUAUUUAUGUUUGACUGUUGAUCAGUCUUGAAUAUUGUUGUGAAUACACUAUCAAUAUUUUAUUUUGAGUAAUGAAAUUGUAAAUCAUAAUUUAACACUUAAUGUUUUUCGGUAUUUCAUGUCUUUUCUUUCUUUAAAAGAACCCUAUUGAUCACACUAAACCAAUAAUAUAUGAAGGAUAUUACUAAAACGAAGUCCAGCAAAAUAAAAGAUUCACUUUAAAGACAAAAAUGUUAGUCCAACUUGGAUUUUCACAUAUUUUCUUGUACGACCAAAAUAUUACAUGAAUUUUAUUUUUCAACUUUAUUCAAAUAUCAAAAACAUAGAUUUCAAUUUGUUCUGCCAGUUUGUCAUAUUUGUGAUUAUUGAAGGUGUUAUUUUUGUGUAUAUAUUGUUUAUAUUCAGUUAUUCGAUGUUUGAUUACAUAUGUAAUGGCUUUUUAUAUAUUUUGGUGUAAUUACAUCACCUUAAAGCAUUUAUUCUGCUCACUAUCACGGUUGUCACACAUUCCAUUUUUGAAGGUGCUGCGAUGUUACUAUGUUUAAAUCGGGCAAAAAAUACCGCUGAAAGGUGAAACAUUUCAUAGUAUAACAGUGUUUAAAACUUGAUAUGUUCUGACAGGAAAGUAAUUUCUGGAUGAACGUUUGAAGUUAAUAAAUGUUUUGUUAGUUUUGUGAUCUAAAUAUAUUCUGGUAUCAUCUAAAUUAGGAUGAUUGUGUAAUAUACUAACUGGUAUUCGACUGUUUAACGUAAGGUGCAUUUGUCAAAGGUUAAACAUAUUAAUUGAACGAUUACAGAAAUAUUUAACUGAUGUAAUAUUCGGAAAUUUCGUACGUAUUUUGGCUUAAGUAAAUUAAUUUUUUAUCAAACUAUGAAACUAGGAAUGUGACUGAUAUCCAUACAAAACUGUUUCCAAAUGAAAAAUAAAACAAAAAAAAACUUUUGAACAACACAUUUCUGAUUGUAGAACGUUUGCAAUAUUACCAGUGAUAACAAAUGAACAAAAGAAUGAAUGAAAAUGCAUCUGAUGUGCAAAUAUUGGAUUGCAAACGUGUUUUUUUCUUGUGUUUAAGAAUUUAUGAUACGAUUGCUAUUUUUUUCAUAUUAAGUGUGGUCAUAUAUAUAGCCUUAAAUUUAACAUUUCCAUUUAUUACUAUCAUUUUGAUAUAUGAAACAAUAUUUAAGUAGUGUAAUAAUAAAUGAUCAACAAUGUUGUACAUGUCUAGAUGUUACCUAUAUAUGUAUAUUGUUGCAGCUUCUUAUUGUAUUAUAAUACAUCAAUAUGUCGUGAAUAUAAAGCACACUGCCAAUACAAAAUUAUAUUAUGUAUAUAUAGCAUAUGAUAUCAAUAUUUAUCAUUCAGAUUUUUAAUCAUAUAUAACUUUGUUUGUAUAUAUUGCUGAUGUUUUAUUUAGCCCGAACUAUUAUGCAAAGUUUGUACAAAUUUUUGUUUUAUAUUAUUAUCAAAGGGACACUACUACUGCUGAAUGUGAGGAAAUUAUUUUCUAACAGUACAAAUUACGUUAUGUAACAGUAAACUAUACCUCUAAAAGUUUUAAUAUGAUCUUACAUUCAAUGAUGAUAGAUUAAAUAAGUAUAUAUGAUAAUUUAAUUACCUCAUCAUAUAGUAGACAGAGUCUGAUCCUGACAAACAGCUUUCUAUUUGUUUGACUGUAAAAUAAAAUGAAAUACAUGAUAUAUGUAUUAUGCAAUAACUUGAUUUUAAUUUUUAUUUCUAAAAAACAUUUAUCAUAUACAAAUCUAUAUUAUAUUAUUUUAAACAUCAUUUCAAACAUUUCUAGAUGUAUAAAAUAUAACUUUAGUAGUUUGACAGUCUUUAAGGCAGAAAUACAUAAUUAAUCUUUACCACAAUUCAACUUUAUCAUUUUAUUCAAAAUAUCAUUUACGAUUAACUUAGCUUCUACUGAAUGGCUGAGAAUUAAACAUUAUUUUUCCCAUUACAAAUGGACAUAAAAUGAUAUAUUUUUUCUUUCUAUAUUUAAUUAUAUAGAUUUAUGAUGUUUUUAUUUAUUGAGAUAUGUUACUAAUUUUCUCUGUCUUUAUGACAUUGUUAAGUUUUGUAAAUGACAUAGUAUUUAACUCAAAGCAUUGCGGAAGUUUUUGCAGUCGGUAUAUAUUCAACUGUGUUUAAUAAAAAAAGAAAUGUUAAGUUUAUGUAUGACACGUGUGAGAAUGAUGUUUAUAUUAAUGUAUGAUGGUUAUUUAUUGAAAACAAACUAGUCGAGUGUUUGUGUUUUGUUUUCUACUUCAUUGUGGCUGUUAACGUAUAAAUUCUACAUUAAACAUAUGGUAGAAUUUUAAGCAAAUAAACUAAUUUCUGUUAAACGUCA